UUGGGCUUUUCGCCCAGUUGCCGCAGAAUGAAGCGAUAUUGAAUCGUACACUCAUUUGUUGCAUUUCCUCGUAUCGCUCCUGCCUAGGGAUUCAAAGCCAUACUUCCAUUUAUCGAAGUUGUAGGACGCUACGUGACAUCGCUACAAGCACCGCGAGGACCCGAACCCAGCUGCCGUCGUUGAGCCUCAGCCUGGCCUGUACACAUUCCUCCCGGUUCUUGAUCUUUUGACUCAAUGGCUGAGUUAGAUCCCGAGCUCUAUACCGUCGCAUGGCUCGCCCCGCUGGAGAUCGAGGCACGGGCUGCCCUACACUUGUUGGAUAAUCGCCACGAAGGCAGGUUUCCGAUGGGCCGCGGUGAUGACUACGUUUUCCAAGCUGGCGAUGUAUGCGGACACAAUAUCAUCAUUGCAACCCUGCCGGCGGGUCAAGAAUAUGGUACCGGCUCGGCCGCCGCCCUCGCCAGCCAGGUGAAGAGGUUUUUCCCGAAUCUCUGGUUCGGCUUGCUGGUUGGUGUUGCGGCUGGACUCCCCAACCUCUCGCGAGAUCCGCCACUGGAUAUCCGUCUUGGCGAUGUUCUCGUGGGCAUCCCUGAGGGCAACAGUGCGGGGCUUAUAGCCUACGACCUAGGCAAGGAGACAGGUCAAGAUUGUCUUCAGCUCUUGCGCCUCGGUCACGUAUUGGCCACAACGGAAACGGUUGUCCGAUCAGCCAUCGGCAGCAUCAAACUCAAGGCACCGAAGGAUGCAGAAAUGUUUUUGCCGUAUUACGAGCAUAUCAAAGACAAAGAGCAUCCUAACGGCACAUUCAUCGACCCCGGACAAGAGAAAGAUGCACUCUACCAAGUUGACGACGGUGUCACAGAACGUCUGGUAGAACGAGAACGAAGGCUGGAUUCCAAGAGAACUCGAGUCUGGUACGGACCCAUAGGCUCAGGAGAAAAGCUCAUGAAGAAUGCCCGGAAACGGAAUGAGCUGAGAGACAAAUACAACAUCAUUGGCCUCGAGAUGGAGGCGGCUGGGACAAUGAACCGCAUUCCCGUGGGCGUCAUUCGAGGGGUCUGCGACUAUGGAGACGAACAUAAGAAUAAGGAAUGGCAACCGUAUGCUGCUGCAAUGGCUGCCGCCUACGCCAAGGCCGUCUUGGCCGAGAUUCCACCCAAGAGCGUCGUACGAAGAGAAGGUCCGAUUAUAGAGAAUAGCUAUGACGCCGUCGCGAUAGGUGUGGACGGCAAAGCUAAGCGCAGACUCGACGAGCAUGCUCUCUGUGUCAGAGAUGGUAAACCCAAAAGGCACCGUUAUGAAGACGAUAACCAAAGUUUGCAAACCUUACCUCAUCGAGUUCAAGCCGCACCCGGAUCACUGGAUGAAGAAGAGAAAAGGGUGCUAAUGGACUCAUUGAGAUUUGACCAGAUCGAUGCUCGCCAUGAGGGCAUCAAGAAAGCACAUACCAAGACAUGUAAAUGGCUGCUGGUAAAACCCGAGUAUAUCGACUGGCUUGACCCCGAGAAGCUCGGCGACCAUCACGGCUUCUUGUGGAUCAAGGGGAAGCCUGGGGCUGGGAAGUCGACGUUGAUGAAGUUCGCUCUCAACAAUGCCCAAAUGAAGAUGAAGAACAGGAUCAUUAUCGCUUUCUUUUUCAAUGCGCGAGGAGAGCAGCUGGAGAAGUCGACAAUCGGGAUGUAUCGAUCACUGUUACUACAGCUUCUCGAACGACUUCCAGAACUUCAGCGCGUCUUCGAUUCUCUUGGAUUAGUGACAUGGAAUGGUAGCUCCCAGCAGUGGAGCGUUGAUUCACUGAAAGCACUCUUUGAACAAGCUGUACAGGGUCUUGGAACGUCAUCACUGGUGUGCUUCAUUGAUGCGUUAGAUGAGUGCGACGAGCAUCAGAUCCGGGACAUGAUAUCGUUUUUCGAACACGUGAGCGAACUGACAACAUCAGCCGGCAUUGCAUUCCAGGUCUGCUUUUCAAGCAGGCACUACCCCCACAUCACGGUUUCGAAAGGACUCGGCCUGGUCCUCGAAGGGCAAGAGGGACAUGAACAGGACAUUGUCAGCUACCUAGACAACGAGCUGAAGAUUGGACACAGUAAGCUCGCCGAGCGGAUCCGUGCCGAUCUCAAAGAAAAGGCGUCUGGGGUCUUUAUGUGGGUUGUCCUGGUGGUAGGGAUUUUGCAACAGGAGUAUGACGAUGGCCGCAAGCAUACGCUUCGACAAAGACUCCGAGAUAUCCCUGGGGACCUGCAUGAGUUAUUCCGCGAUAUUUUGACACGUGAUCACCGCAACAGAGAUGAGUUACUUCUGUGUAUUCAGUGGGUGCUCUUCGCAAGGCAGCCGCUGAAGCCGGAGCAGUUGUACUUUGCCGUUCUGUCCGGCGUUGACCCUGAGGCUGUAUCCGGGUGGGAUCCCGAUGAAAUCGAAGAACCCGAUAUCAAAAGGUUUAUCCUCAGUUCCUCUAAAGGGCUUGCCGAAGUCACCAGGUCCAAAAAAGCCCCGACGGUUCAAUUCAUUCAUGAGUCAGUCAGGGACUUUCUUCUUAAAGAAAACGGCCUGAAGGAAAUUUGGUCCGACCUCGGAGGGAACUUCCAAGGAGAAAGUCACGAGCGACUAAAGCAGUGUUGCAUCGGUUACAUGGGUAUCGGCUUCGCUGAUCUGAACAUUGGCAUCUCACUCCCGAAGGCAUCGUCCCAGGAAGCUGAAGAAGCUCGCCAAUCGCGAGAUAGAGCGUUUCCGUUCCUAGAGUAUGCUGUACAGAAUGUCCUGUAUCAUGCAGACGCGGCUGAAGGGGGCGGCGUCAGCCAAAAGACUUUUCUCCAGACUUUUCAGGUUGCCGACUGGAUCACGCACGACAACCUAUUUGAGAGAUUUGAAGUGCGCCGACACACUCCUGAAGCAAGUCUUUUGUAUAUAUUGGCGGAACAUAACCUGGCGAAUCUCAUUGGAAUCCACUCGAACAACCUAUCCUGCUUCCAAGUAGAAGUUGAGCGCUAUGGCCCGCCAAUUCUUGCUGCGCUGGCUACGGGUGGUCACGAAGCGGUCUUGGCACUUUUGAGAGCCCAGGCGGAGGCUGAACCCGAAACGUCUCUACUUCACGGCCUGUGUGAACAAUAUUACUCAGAUGGAAAGAAACAAGCUGCUCUUGGACGCGAGUUCAAGUUUCCACGACAACGAACUCUCCUCUCAUAUCUAGCAGAGUGUGGCCAAGAGAUUAUCCUCGCUUUUGUCCUCGCUUCGGGCAACUAUAACGCCGACCUCGAGUUAAAGGACGAAGAAGGACGGACGCCAUUGUCGUAUGCUGCCGAGAAAUGGCGCGAGGCCGUCGUGCGGCUGCUGCUCGACCGGGGCGCACAGAUUGAGGCAGCUGAUAAAGACGGCUUGACGCCGUUAUUAUAUGCCGUCCAUCAGGGAGAUAAGGCUAUUAUCCAGCUGCUGCUCGACCGGGGCGCAUAUAUUGAGGCGGCCGAUAAAAACGGGCGGACGCCAUUAUUAUAUGCCGCCGCAUUUGGGCUUAAGCAUGUUGUACAGCUACUGCUUGGCUGGGGUGCGCAAAUUGACGUGACCGAUAAUAACGGGCAGACGCCGUUAUUACAUGCCGCUGUGCAUGGGAAUGGCGCUGUUGUACAGCUACUGCUUGGCUGGGGCGCACAGAUUGAGGCGGCCGAUAAGGACGGCCGGACGCCGCUAUCCUAUGCCGUUCAUAAAGGGCAUGAUAUUAUCGUGCGGUUGCUCCAGUUGCAUGGUGCUAAAUCUUCAUCGACAACAUCGGCUUGACCUCCAUCCCACCCGCCACCUGCUCCUGCGCUCUGUUUACAUCCCUCUUAUCUUGGCAAAUAGAAUCUGCUGGAAAAUGCUUCCGUAACCUCCCACACAUAGCCAGGCGCUACAAGUGGCGUUCACUCUUCCAGGAGUUCCUUGACAAAACCGUGACCUGAACCAAGUAUUCCCAGCCAGCACAUCGCAACGAGCAAGAAUGGAUGUCUAUUUUAAGUGGUCUACUAAGGCACUAGGCUCCUUCUGCGGGGGCGUCUUUGUCGCCUUGAAAUGCAAAGGACUAGUCUCAAUAGCUUCUCCGUUUCCUGUUUGUCCCUUCGAAAUUGGGAUGCAAGCAAUGAUACACUCAGCCCAACGAAUUCCAAUAUAUUGAGUGGAUUCACAAUCAGCGCCAACUCAAUCUCAAUCAAUAUUGAAUCUAGAAUGCAUAAACAUGAAUCAAUUUUGACCUGCCGUUAAUUGAAUAUAUGUAUGUAAAUUUCUC